UAGUUUUGUACCAGUCUUUCUGGUGAAAUGACUUUUUGCCUUUGUGGACAUGAGUGACUCAAGACAGUUGCAAACAGAGAAGCACAAACGUGGCAGAACUUCCACCAAGCUCAAGGACACUCCUGGAAUCAUGCAGUCAGAUGAUUAUUUUGCUCGAAAAUUUAAAGCCAUUAAUGGCAACAUCGGACCUGCUACAUCCUUAAAUAUUUCCAGUCCCAGUGAGGGGGGUAGUCCGGCCAAUGGUACUCCAGCUGUGCCCAAGAUGGGCGUGAGGGCCAGAGUGUCCGAAUGGCCCCCCAAAAAGGACUGCUCCAAGGAUCUGUCCUGCAAGACACUGUGGGAAAACCGGUCCCAGUCCAGCUAUGAGAGCGUCACCUCCAUGCUGCAGAACGGGCAGAAUGACCAGGGCGAUGCCCAGCAUGAGGAGCAGCUAGAUCUGGACUUGGUGGAGGCCAAGUACACCAUUGGAGACCUCUUUGUCCAUUCUUCCCAGAGAGGACUCCACCCCAUCCGGCAGAGAAGCAACAGUGAUGUCACCAUUAGUGACAUUGAUGCUGAGGAUGUGCUGGACCAGCGUGCAGUGAACCCCAACACAGGGGCCGCCCUGCACAGGGAAUAUGGGAGCACAUCAUCCAUCGACAGGCAGGGCCUGUCAGGAGAGAACUUUUUUGCGAUGCUCCGAGGGUAUCGGGUGGAGAAUUACGACCCCAAAACAGUGAGCCCCUUCGGAUUCCCUGAGUUCUUCCCCUGCAACCCUGCCAUCUCCCCCAGCCUCCAUGCCGCAGCGCAGAUUGCUAGGGGAGAGUUGGUCCGCAUCUCAGGACUGGACUACAUGGAUAGUGCCCUCCUGAUGGGGAGGGAUAGGGACAAACCUUUCAAACGCAGAUUAAAAUCAGAGUCAGUGGAGACAUCGCUCUUCCGAAAGCUGCGGACAGUUAAAAGUGAGCACGAGACCUUCAGGUUCACAUCUGACCUGGAGGAGGGCCGUCUGGAGCGGGGGGUUCGCCCUUGGAGUUGUCAGCGCUGCUUUGCGCACUAUGAUGUCCAAAGCAUCCUGUUCAACAUCAAUGAAGCCAUGGCCACCAGGGCCAGCAUGGGGAAGAGGAAGAACAUCACCACAGGGGCUUCUGCUGCAUCGCAGACCCCAGUGGCUGCCGGCCCAGCGGGUGGCUGCGAGUCCCCUCUGGGCAGCAAGGAAGACCUCAACUCAAAGGAGAACCUGGACGCCGAUGAGGGUGAUGGCAAGAGCAACGAGCUGGUCCUCAGCUGCCCUUACUUCCGCAAUGAGACUGGUGGGGAGGGUGACCGGCGCAUCGCGCUCUCCCGGGCCAACUCUGCCUCCUUCAGCGCUGGCGAGAGCUGCUCCUUCGAGUCCUCCCUCAGUUCCCACUGCACCAAUGCAGGCGUCUCAGUGCUGGAGGUGCCCAGAGAAAGCCAGCCGGUUCACAGGGAGAAGGUCAAGCGCUACAUAAUAGAGCACAUCGACCUGGGGGCUUACUACUACCGCAAAUUCUUCUAUGGGAAAGAACACCAGAACUACUUUGGAAUAGAUGAAAACCUAGGCCCCGUGGCAGUCAGCAUCCGGAGGGAGAAGGUGGAAGAGGCCAAGGAGAAGGAAGGACCCCAAUUCAACUACAGAGUGGCUUUCAGGACCAGCGAGCUGACCACCCUGCGAGGAGCCAUCUUGGAGGAUGCAGUGCCCUCCACGGCCCGGCAUGGCACUGCGCGGGGCCUCCCCCUCAAGGAGGUGCUAGAGUUCGUCAUCCCGGAGCUGAGCAUCCAGUGCCUGCGGCAGGCCUCCAGCUCCCCCAAGGUCCCAGAGCAGCUGCUCAAGCUGGACGAGCAAGGGCUGAGCUUUCAGCACAAGAUUGGAGUCCUUUACUGCAAAGCAGGCCAGAGCACAGAGGAGGAGAUGUACAACAACGAGACUGCUGGACCAGCCUUUGACGAGUUCCUUGACCUGCUUGGCCAGAGAGUAAGGCUAAAAGGGUUCAGCAAGUACCGUGCCCAGCUGGACAAUAAAACUGAUUCCACAGGAACGCACUCCCUGUACACCACAUACAAAGACUAUGAGCUCAUGUUCCAUGUGUCAACCCUGCUUCCGUACAUGCCAAGCAACAGGCAGCAGCUUCUACGGAAGAGGCACAUUGGGAAUGACAUCGUCACCAUCGUCUUCCAGGAGCCUGGGGCGCUUCCCUUCACGCCCAAGAACAUCCGCUCCCACUUUCAGCAUGUCUUUGUCAUAGUAAAAGUGCACAACCCCUGCACGGAGAAUGUAUGCUACAGUGUUGGAGUUUCCAGAUCAAAGGAUGUGCCAUCAUUUGGCCCCCCAAUCCCUAAAGGUGUGACUUUUCCAAAGUCAGCAGUGUUUCGGGACUUCCUUCUAGCCAAAGUAAUCAAUGCAGAAAAUGCAGCCCAUAAAUCAGAAAAAUUCCGAGCAAUGGCCACCCGAACCAGACAGGAGUACUUGAAGGACCUGGCUGAGAACUUUGUCACAACUGCCACAGUAGACAGCUCCGCAAAAUUCAGCUUCAUCACUCUGGGCGCAAAGAAGAAGGAAAGGGUGAAGCCCAGGAAGGAUGCCCAUCUGUUCAGCAUUGGGGCCAUUAUGUGGCACGUGGUAGCCCGGGACUUUGGCCAGUCUGCAGACAUCGAGUGCCUUCUGGGGAUUUCUAACGAGUUCAUCAUGCUGAUAGAAAAGGACUCCAAGAACGUGGUCUUCAACUGUUCCAGCAGGGAUGUUAUUGGGUGGACAUCUGGACUAGUGAGUAUCAAGGUGUUCUACGAGAGGGGAGAGUGUAUCCUGCUGUCUUCAGUGGACAACCGUGCAGAAGACAUACGAGAAAUUGUCCAGCGACUAGUCAUUGUGACGAGAGGCUGUGAGACUGUGGAAAUGACCCUGCGGAGGAAUGGGCUGGGCCAGCUCGGCUUCCAUGUGAACUUCGAGGGCAUUGUGGCUGAUGUGGAGCCCUUUGGCUUUGCCUGGAAAGCAGGCCUGCGCCAGGGCAGCCGCCUCGUAGAGAUCUGCAAAGUGGCCGUGGCCACACUGACCCACGAGCAGAUGAUAGACCUGCUGCGGACUUCCGUGACUGUCAAGGUGGUCAUCAUCCAGCCCCACGAUGACGGCUCACCUCGGAGGGGGUGUUCAGAGCUCUGCCGGAUCCCCAUGGUGGAAUAUAAGCUGGACAGCGAGGGCGCACCCUGCGAGUACAAGACCCCAUUCAGGAGGAACACCACGUGGCACCGUGUGCCCACACCCGCCCUACAGCCUGUCUCCAGAGCCUCCCCUGUGCCUGGCACGCCCGACCGCCUGCAGUGCCAGCCACUGCUCCCACAGGCCCAGGCCGCCAUUCCCCGCAGCACCUCCUUCGACAGGAAGCUGCCUGAUGGCACCAGAAGCUCUCCCAGCAACCAGUCCUCCUCCAGUGACCCUGGACCCGGUGGCAGCGGACCCUGGAGACCACAAGUGGGCUACGAUGGGUGUCCAUCCCCUCUGCUGAUUGAGCACCAGGGCCCAGGUGCUUUGGAAUGCGAUGGAUCCAGAGAGCAUGAGGAUGCCAUGGAAGGAGGCAGGCACCCAGAAACAAAGUGGCACGGCCCACCUUCCAAAGUCUUGAGUUCCUAUAAAGAAAGAGCUCUGCAGAAAGAUGGAAGCUGCAAAGACUCUCCCAAUAAGCUUUGUCAUAUGGGAGAUAAAGGCUGCUCCAGCCCCUCCAGCAGUAACACACUGUCCAGUAACACAUCCAGCAAUAGCGAGGACAAGCACUUCGGGUCAGGGGAUCUGAUGGACCCCGAGUUGCUGGGUCUGACUUAUAUCAAAGGGGCUUCCACUGACAGCGGCAUUGACACGACCCCCUGCCUGUCAACCACCAUCCUCGGUCCUGUGCACCUGGCAAGCAGCCGGUCCCUGAUCCACAGCCGGGCUGAACAGUGGGUCGAUGCAGUGGACAUCUCUGGGCCUGACGAUGAGCCAGCCAAGAUGUAUGCCGUACACGGUUACCCUGCUGCCAUCUCUGCCAGCGGUGCUGCCGAUGGGAGCAUGGGUGACCUCAGCGAGAUAUCCUCUCACUCCAGUGGUUCUCACCAUUCAGGAAGCCCGUCAGCUCACUGUUCCAAAAGCAGUGGGUCUCUGGAUUCCUCCAAAGUCUACAUUGUGUCGCACAGCAGUGGUCAGCAGGCUCCUGGCUCCAUGUCCAAAGCCUACCACAGGCAAGGUGCAGCAAACACGUAUGUCAUUGGCUGGAAGAAAUCAGAAGGCAGCCCACCACCCGAGGAGCCUGAAGUGACCGAAUGUCCCCGGAUGUACAGUGAGAUGCACGACCUGAUCCCAGCUCCACACCAGGCUGUGGUGGGAGACCCAGCCUCGGAAACUCAGCAUGUCCUCUCCAAAGAAGACUUCUUGAAGCUGAUGCUUCCAGAGAGCCCCUCGGUGGGAGAGGGGAGAAGGAAGUUCUUGUUCUACGGGAACCUGUCUCCCCGGAGGUCACUGUACCGCACACUAUCUGACGAGAGCGUCUGCAGCAAUCGGAGGGGGUCAUCCUUUGGGGGCUCUCGGAGCUCCAUCCUUGACCAGGCCCUGCCCAAUGACAUCCUGUUCAGCACUACCCCACCCUACCACAGCACGCUGCCUCCAAGAACCCAGCCUGCACCCAGCAUGGGGAGCCUGCGCAAUGAGUUCUGGUUCUCUGAUGGGUCAUUAUCAGAUAAGUCCAAGGGCACAGAUCCGGGCCUGAUGCCCCUUCCCGACACAGCCACAGGAUUAGAUUGGUCCCACCUCGUGGAUGCUGCACGGGCAUUUGAAGGUCUUGACUCAGAGGAAGAUCUUGGGCUGCUCUGUCACCACGCGUCCUGUCUAGACCAGAGGGUGGCAUCUUUCUGCACCCUGACAGACCUGCAGCACGGGCAGGACCUCGAAGAGGCCCCAGAGCUUACCCUGUGUGUGGACCCCAGCAGCGGCAAAGAGUUCAUGGACACAGCUGGGGAGCGCUCUCCUUCCACACUGACUGGGAAAGUCAACCAGCUGGAGUUGAUCCUGCGACAGCUGCAGACGGACCUUCGGAAGGAGAAGCAGGACAAGGCCGUCCUGCAGGCAGAGGUACAGCACCUGCGCCAAGACAACCUGCGGCUGCAGGAGGAGUCGCAGACAGCAACCGCCCAGCUGCGCAAGUUCACCGAGUGGUUCUUCAGCACCAUGGACAAGAAGGCCUGACCUGCCUGCACGCUCCUGCGUCUCACGCGGCUUACGUACGCUUCUGCCAUCCGUAGACAUGUUGCUGUUCCAUUCUUUGUCACCCAUUCACCAAGCAGGACGGCUGGGAGCGCAGUGGAGCCGCAUGUGGAAGAUGAAUGUAACUCCAAGUGGAGCCAGUGCCAGCCAAGCUGUGGGGCCGGCGACCCUCCCGGAGAGCGCACGUCCCCACCGUGCAAGGGCCUGUGGGAAGCCAGACAGUGUAGCAUAGCUGCUUCGGCAUUGUAAAAUAAGUGUGGAGACAUACUCAGACAUGUACUUUAAUGUUAAAGGUGCUCUAUUUUUUUGGAUGUACAUACAGUAGUUUAUUUCCACAUUAUCAUAGCAAUAAGAAGGGAGGCGUUAGGAGCAGUGGAAAGCUGGGCCCGCCGGUGGAUUUGAUACUAGAUUGAAUGCUGUUACAGUAGAGAUUUAUUUAUUUGCAGGAACAAAUGGUGCCUGAAUAUUAACAGUGUUCUGACUUUUUUUAAAAGAAAAAGAUACGUAUGCCUCAUAAACAGCUCAACUGUCAGCAGCCUCUCGGCCUGGCUCGCCGUCUGCUUGUCCUGCUUGCUCUCCAGAGCUCCCACUGCCAGGCUGGCGGACCGUACUGGGCAGAUUUAUCUAUCACUGUACAGAAGCUCCAAUGAAGUGUCUUGUAUUUAACACCCUUAUUUAAGCUUAUUUAACCUGAAAUUGUUAAUUUUGUAAGAUUUGGCUUUACCUGCGCUAGGAUGAGGGUGGCUGACGGCAGCUGACGCUGGCCAGACAGACAGAAGCCGGGGGAGGCUCUGAGGCUCAUGCUCUUUGUACUGCUUCGCCGUUUUUAACUGUUAAA